AGGAUCAUGGUGAACUUGAUGGACCAGGACAGCGGGAACGGGAAGCUCGGCCUCGGAGAGUUUGCCACUCUGUGGAAGAAGGUGCAGCGAUAUCUGUCCAUCUAUAAGAAGAACGACUCUGAUAACUCAGGGACGAUGAGCACUCCUGAGAUGAGAGUCGCCUUCAAAGACGCAGGUUUCACCCUCAACAACACCAUCUACCAGCUGCUGGUGGCUCGAUACUCCGACCCGGACAUGACCAUCGACUUCGACAACUUCGUUGGCUGUCUGAUGAGGCUGGAGAUGAUGUUCAAGAUCUUUAAGAAGCUUGAUGCUCACGAGAGCGGUUCCAUCGAGCUCGACUUAAACCAGUGGUUAAACUUCUCCAUGAUCUGAGCCGGAGCUUCAUUGAUUCUGCAGCCGACAUAUUCCUGUUCACAGCUGCAGCUUCACUUCCUGUCACUCCUGAUGUUUUGUAUUUCAAACACUACCUGACUGACUCCAUGUAACGCAAAUAAAAAUAAUUCACAAACCUUUAA